AUGGAUUUAUGUACUGGAAAAAAGGAAAGGAGUAAUACCUUGAAUAUUGCAAUAGAAAACAUGUGCAAGAAGACAAGAGACCUUCGCAGACAGCUCCGUAAGGCUAUUAUAGAUCAUGUGUCAGACUCCUUUUUGGAUACGACAGUCCCACUUUUGGUUCUCAUUGAAGCUGCCAAGAAUGGCCGGGAAAAGGAAAUAAAAGAAUAUGCUGCAAUAUUUCGUGAACACACCAGCAGGCUUGUAGAGGUGGCAAAUCUUGCUUGUUCCAUGUCAACAAAUGAAGAUGGAAUUAAGAUUGUCAAAGUUGCAGCCAAUCACCUGGAAACCUUGUGUCCACAGAUUAUUAAUGCUGCACUUGCUUUGGCUGCAAGACCCAAAAGUCAAGUGGUCAAAAAAACCAUGGAAAUGUACAGAUGCACGUGGGAGAAUCAUAUCCAUGUCCUCACUGAAGCUGUAGAUGACAUUACAAGCAUUGAUGACUUCCUUGCUGUAUCUGAGAGCCAUAUCCUAGAAGAUGUCAACAAAUGUAUCAUAGCCUUGAGAGACCAGGAUGCUGAUAAUUUAGAUCGAGCUGCAGGUGCUAUCAGAGGACGGGCCGCAAGAGUUGCUCACAUUGUCACAGGUGAAAUGGACAGUUACGAGCCAGGAGCUUACACAGAAGGUGUGAUGAGAAAUGUUAACUUCCUGACAAGUACUGUAAUUCCGGAAUUUGUAACACAAGUGAAUGUUGCCUUGGAAGCCUUAAGUAAAAACUCUUUGGAUGUGUUUGAUGAUGAUCAGUUUGUGGACAUCUCAAAAAAGAUCUAUGAUACAAUUCAUGAUAUUAGAUGUUCAGUCAUGAUGAUUCGGACUCCAGAGGAACUAGAGGAUGUUUCUGACCUGGAAGAAGAUCACGAGGUCCGCAGUCACACCAGUGUUCAGACUGAAGGGAAAACUGACCGGGCUAAGAUGACUCAGUUGCCUGAGGCAGAAAAGGAAAAGAUAGCUGAGCAAGUUGCUGAUUUCAAGAAAGUAAAGAGUAAGCUGGAUGCUGAGAUUGAGAUAUGGGACGAUACGAGCAACGAUAUCAUUGUUCUUGCCAAGAAGAUGUGUAUGAUCAUGAUGGAGAUGACAGACUUCACAAGGGGAAAAGGACCACUGAAGCAUACAACUGAUGUGAUCUAUGCAGCUAAAAUGAUAUCAGAAUCAGGAUCAAGGAUGGACGUCCUUGCUCGGCAGAUUGCCAACCAGUGCCCAGAUCCAUCAUGCAAACAGGACUUGUUGGCCUACCUGGAACAGAUUAAAUUCUACUCUCACCAGCUGAAAAUCUGCAGUCAGGUUAAAGCUGAGAUCCAGAGCCUGGGUGGAGAGCUCAUCAUGUCAGCGUUGGACAGUGUCACCUCCCUGAUCCAAGCAGCCAAAAAUUUAAUGAAUGCUGUAGUGCAAACAGUGAAAAUGUCUUACAUUGCCUCAACCAAGAUCAUCCGAAUUCAGAGUCCUGCUGGGCCCCGGCACCCAGUUGUUAUGUGGAGAAUGAAGGCUCCUGCAAAAAAACCCUUGAUUAAAAGAGAGAAACCAGAGGAAACUUAUGCAGCUGUCAGACGAGGCUCAGCAAAGAAAAAAAUCCACCCAGUGCAAGUGAUGAGUGAAUUUAGAGGAAGACAUAUCUACUGAAACCACUAUUCUACUCUAGUGUUUAUAUGACAAAGUCCUGGCUAAACACACUGCUUUAUUUUUACACUUGAUUAGUUCUGUAAGUUCACUAACUUAGAAUUUAACCCACAAAUAAUGUAAAACACUGAAAGCCUAACCAACACGAGCAACGUAUCUUGGGGAUCAUGCCACUGUCAUUUCUGCAUGGCCAGCACCUAAUAAGGAAUCAACAGAUGCUUGCUGAAUGAAUGAAAUCUUCAGGGUCAUUCAGCCUCUCCCAUCACGGAGAAUAUCUUAUAUUCAUUACUAAAUGAACACAGGAGACUCAAAUGAGUCCUGUUCACCUGUACCAGCUUAAGUAUACUCACCCUCUUCAUUUUAAAUUAAAAUAGUGAUAUGAGCUCUUGACUUGGUUUUCAACGGAAACAAAAGAUUUCAUAAAAUACUCUCCCAUUUAAUCUCCAUACUUCCUUUAUCUGAUGUAACCUGACAGACAUGUGUGAUUCCUUCUACAGGAAAAAAAAAAAUUCAAUCUCUAGAUAUUUGUAACAACUGUUGUCAACUGAUUGGGCUAAUAUCCAUCAGAAACUAACCAAGCUUGAGCAAUCAAGUUGCUUUCUGGAUUUUCAAGGUCCGCCUUAAUUAUUUAUGAAACAAUUUAUUAACAUUAUAAAGUUUACAAUGAGUUUUCAUGCCACAAGUGUGCAUUUCAGGACUCCACUGUGCUCAGCUGUUCUGCACGUUGAGUUCUGGAUUUAAAAAGGCCCACCAGAAUACUACAUAUAUGGAGGAAGCGUUAUCAUCCGUUGGGGAAAUGGGCAUUUAACUCUAUCCCCAAGCGAGUUAUGACUGAUAACAGAAAUGCAAGGAGUUCUGCAUGACUCCGUUUGUAUCACCUUGCAAGUAUAAUUAAAAGGAAAAGGCCAGUUUGAAAAAUAUUUUUUGUCAUUGAGUAAAAUACAACUCAAAAAAUGUGUGUGGUACCGCUGAACUCUGAAGUAGAGUUAGUGGCAAUGAAGCUGGAGUGAUUUUAAUAACAUUUUUUAAAAUAGAAGUCUGAGGUCAUUUUAUAACUGCAGUCAUUGUGCUGAUGCCGAAUUGAGUUCAUAAUGCACUUUAUAAUAGUUUCAGAGUCUAGUGUGUUGCUUCUCUCUUUCUACUUCUUUCUGUCUGUCUCUGGAGGAGUUAAGUUUCAGUUUUACCUUUUCUCAUGCAUAGAGUUCCCAUUCACAGGAUUUUAAACAUGAAUUUCCUAUUCUACUUUAUCAAAAUUAUACCCACAUCGUAACUUCACCUUGUAAAACGUUUCCAUCAAUGAACUGUUUCAACAGCCAUGUCAUCUUAGUUUGACUAGGUAAAGUUUAAACAUGCAACAUCAGCUGAUGUUAGAACGGCCAGUUUGGGUAAAAGAAUGUGUGAAACAUAAGAAGGCAUAAAGGUUGAGAGCAUGAUGUGUGUGGUAUGUUGAACAAAAUGGUAUGGGAGUAUGUUGAACAAAAUGGUAUGGGAAAGGGAUUUAAUCGGUCAAUAUGUUAAUAAAUUAUAGGGAAAAUGUGAACUUUUCACUGUAAUAUGUUAUAUUGUUCUUCCAAAAUGCUAGGUUACCUGGGCUCAGUAUUGAUACAUACACUUUCUAAGAGUGAAAGCAAUACGCUCCUGCCUCUCUUGCAGUGUGCACUGGCCCACGAUCAAUAUUAUUCUGGACAGAGUCCACUCCCUAAAAGAAAAGGCAGUGCAGAAAGGAAUUAGAGAAUCCAGAUAAUUAUAUUGUCCAGGACUCGCUAGCUAACUGAGGCAAAACAGGGAAUUUCUUUUGUUGACAUGCUACCAUCAUUUUCUGUUCUAAGAUAGACAUUACAAGAGUUACAUCUAUGACACUUCCUUUUGUCAGGUAGAAGCGUGAAUUUACAAUUUAGUUGAGAAAAUAAUUUCUUAAAAAAUUACCAAACUACUAGUAUAUCUUAGUUCCUAAAGCCACAUGCUCAAGAAUCUUAAGAGUCUCAUUUACAAAAUCUAAUGUCUGUUUAAUUCUACAUCAGCUUUCCACAGGUUAGAGUUUAGAAUGCAGCGCUCGAUGCCAAAAGAACAUAACUAAUUUGAAAUUAUACACUUAUCAAAUAACCUCUGUAUCUAUCUUAAGAAAAUGACUCUUUAAAAAUGAGAUGCGAACAAGUCCUCCUCUUCAAAGUAGAGGGAUUUCCAGCUUAGCUCAAAGCAAACAACUAUAAUUAAGCAAAACUUAAUUGAAAAAAAAAACAUUAACUUGGAGAAUGUCCCAGGAGUAAAGUCUGGUGCAAUAAUCAGAGGUGCAAUAAGAACAAGAUGUACAGAGCUGAGAAGAACAUCUGUCCACCUGACUCAAUUCCUGCAGUGGGCAGCAUUUCAGGAUUUAAUUCAAUUCAAACCCGCUAAUAGUAUAAUACUUAGAAGAAAAAUUAGCAGCAAAUAUAUUAACAAAUCCUCCCAUUAUAAAACCUAGUUAAAUGAAUCUAAUCAGUAAGUAAGAAGGUGGUGUAUGUAUUUAUAACUAAGCCCUUCUUCUGGCAGGGGAAUGACAGAAAUUUCUUAAUGAGAGUGAUUGCUUGGUGGCCCAUCUAUGCAUCUUUUGAAAUUGCAUCACAGAGAUUGGUGCUUCUUCUAAUGAUACUUUUGCUUUAUCUUGCUAAUCAAAACUCACCUUUCUCUUUUAGUGAAAUUGAGUUAUGUUAAUUUAUGAAGGAAAAAAAAUCUUUGGGAGGGAGGAGAGGGUUUAUAUCACCUUUGAAGGACAGCAGUUCCGUCCUGGUUAGCCACCAGCAUCACUGGCAAACAUUAGACUGAAAUCAGAAUGAUAAGUUAGAAAAUGUCUGUGAAUCCACUCAAGAUUUUUUAGUUAGAAAAACUGGAAAGUUUCCAUUAAAUAGGAAAGGUGAUAAAUAUAAAUCUUUCCCUUUUACUUAUCACAAGUGGAAAUUAAUGGCUUAAAAUAUUUCCUUCUUUCUAAUGGACUAAAUGAAUGAGUCUGGAAAAAAAAUCAAACACUAAACUUCUAAGGAAAUUUGUUAAUUAUUCCCUUUCUGCUUGUCUUACGACAUGAACGAAAACUGUGAAUGUAUUAGAAAAUACAAUAUUCUUAAAAUUGCCUCUGGUCUUUGCAAAUCUCUGAAUUUAUCAGUAUUAAGAUAACAUAUACGUUCCCCAUAAAAUUCCUUCUGUAUAAGGGGUAAGUACCUCCACAACUCUAUAGAAAGGCCCGCGUCGUCAGGCUGACAUCCUUGCACACUUAACAUCUUCAGAGAGGUCAGUUUUCAAGUCACAGUAAAGCAAGAUAUUUAAAAUUGUGAACACACCGUUAAGUGCCCAAUCUGGGCCUCAAACCUAAUAAUUAGUACUCCUCAUGAGUACUAAUGAGUACUCAUGAGUGGCUGAAAAGACUAAUGUCUGACAACAGAGAAAGUAUUUCCAGUGACUUCCUACACCUUCACAUUCAGGGUGGUCUUUUCAUCUCACCAUCCCUGAGCUCCGUAUCUUCCUAUAAACUGCUGACAGUUUGCUACCAGAAUGAUGCAGCAGGCCUGCUCAUCCCAAUCAAUUACCCCCAAAUAAUGUCCUUCCUUCUUAGUCCAAAAUCUCUCUCGCUCAUCUCUCAUCCCCUUAGGAGACCAUCCCACAUAUCAAUUGAUUAAUACAUUUUGUAGCAUUCUAGUUAAAAUUACUAAUUUUAAUUCCCAAUGCCAUUAUCUUUUUUUUUUUCUUUUUUUUUUCUAUUCCAGAAAACAUUCUUAUCUUUUUCGGUGUCAACUGAACACUUCCAUGCUAGACACUGUGGUUCCCAUGGAUACACAUUUCUGUACAGUGGUAGAAUGAGCAGAGUGAGAUCGAGACUUUUCCUGGUGAUAUUCACCUUUCUCUAGUGAAGUCCUUGCAGAGCUGCCAGCCUGUUUCACCUUCACUGUAAGUAAUUCUCUAGGUUAGCAAAGCAAGCGCCAGAGUAUCAAGUUGAGUAAAAUCUGUACUUUCUUUUGUCUGCCUGUCUUUUGUUAAGACAGUCUACUUAUUGCAUAUUUAGGUAUCAAACAGCCAUUUUUCUUUUUGGAAAGUCAGAAAUACUUCUGUUUGACUGCAUCAGAAAAUUUAGGGGCAUCCAGUUAAAAGACUAUAACUUCCAUAUCAUUUUAAUAAUUCUUUUUAAGUCAACUAGAGAAAGGUCUGCAACCUUAAAAAUUUAUAUUUAUUUAUCAUUUUCAUUUAUAUGUCACAUACCAGAAAACAACACUUAAUCGGACAAAAACCCUAUAGCAUUUUUUGUCAUGACUCUCUUUCCCUAUCAUCAUAAUAUCUUUAAUAUUAGUAAAUAUUUUGCAUGUUACUGCCAAAUAAACAAGCCAGGCCUAAUCACAGAAGAGUCUACACACAAAGUAGUUUAAAGUUUUCAUUUUGGUUCUUUGGGUCUAUUAGGAUAUAAAAAUGUGGAUGUUACUAAAACCAGGUGUAUGCAACUAAAGAGGUAAUCAAGGUUUUAACACUAUCCUAGACAUCUGAAAGAGAGAAGGAUUAAAAUUUUUAAUGCAUUCUUUUGCCAUUUUAACUAAUUUACAUGAACAAGAAACAUUUUCUAUUAAAGCAAAAGAAAGAAUGAUUUCCUAUAUUAAUCAUUUUACAUGUGAAUUUUCUUCCCCUACCAAGAUAGACAGGACUUAUUCCUGAACACUUCAAAAGAAGAUUAUACUAACUGAGAGAACCGCUUCCAAAUGGAACCCAACCUUACCAGAAUCCCACCUACAGACAAUAGAUGGUUUGUAGGGCUGGCCUUUAUGUAGAUCCUGGGAUGAGAUGUUUCAUGGCUGCAGGCUGGCUUCUAGAAUCCAACAGUCCCCACUGGUUUAGGAGAACAAAACCCAAGGAAUGAACUUCAAAAUGAAUUUAACAAGUUGGAGGGGGAAAAAGCAGUAAAUACAGAGCAGUUCUAAAAGAAAAUGGGUAAGAAAGUGGCAGAGGUAGAGGAGGGAAUAAGAAAGGUAGUUGCAGAAGCAGGUAACUUUUAUACCAGAGGGAGGAAGAGUUUUGAGUUCUAUGAAGAUUAGGCAGCCUUCUCCUGAGGAAGAUUUUAAGGAUAGGAUAGGGCACUUAUCUUUGGCAGUUUGGGUGAAGUCGUGUCAGGGCAGAGGACAAACUAUGUAACUUUUGAGGAUCAUUUAGUGAUAUUGUUUGCAAAUGAGAAAUUGAAAUUCAGCCAAUUUUUUAGCAUGUUGGUGGGUGAAAUUCUCCCCAGUAUCAGAGUUAAUCAGGAUAUUAUAUAUUUAACAAAUAUCUUUUGAGCAACUUUGAUGUUCCAGGCACUGCUCUAGGUUCUUAGGAUAUACCAGAUAACAAAACAAACAGUGAUUCUUGCCCUUAUGGGCAGACUCUGUGCUGAAUGCUAUUACCUUAUUUAAUUUUUUCAAUAACCCUAGGAGAUAAACAUUAUCAGCUCUAUUCCUCAGAAAAAGAAACUAAGGAGACGGAUCUUGCUUGAAAACUCACUGGCCUUAAAAUUUGGUUGCACUCUCGAGUCUGAACUUUUAGCCACCACACCAUCCAGAUUUCCUGGAAAAUGGGAUUGGAUUUUUUAGUUGAAAAUGAGAUGCACAUUUCAAAUGCUGGCUGGCUUCCUAUGUAAGAGCAAAAGGAUCAAAACUUAAAUAUAUAUGGUAUAUAAAUCCAUGCCUACAUCACUCAAAGCAAAUAAAAAGCAGGUACAUAAGUAAUCAGCUGAAUGUUAUAACCUCUAAUAAUUGAAUAAAAAUAUCAGAUAUAUGAGGAGUGAAUAUUUCAUCUACGUGAUCUGAAAUCAGAUGAAAACACCAAAUUACUUUCACUUCCACAGAGGUGAAAUCUUCCAUGGAGAUGCCUGUUUAAAAUCCAUCUUUAGCAUUGACUGGUGAAAACAAUUUGUUGACACCAUUUCUUUCCUUCUUUACUGCUAAUGUGUGUUUAAAAUUAUAUAUCCCAGGGAGGAUGGGCCAAGGGUUAUUGAAAUAAGCUAAAGUUUCUUUGUAUUCCACACUGACUGAACCAUAGGAAAUGUAUGUUUCCUUCUUUAUAGAGGUAACAAUGUAUACAGUAUGUGUCUGACUGUAAGCAAAUUUAGUCCUUUAACUUUACAUGGUCCUUCUUCCUAGAGACAACUGAAGUCUAGACUCUCCCUCUUGCCCAUGUUGCUGGAUAGACCUCCCUAUCUCAGGCCUGGGGUAGUUAAAUGACUUUCUAAUCUUAAAGUAGAGCCAGAAAUGUUUCCUUAAACUGGGAAUGUAUUUAUUUGGGGUCUUCAAUUUUGGGUACCUGGCAGUCAUGAUGGUGCCUGCUGCCAACUGUCAUAAAAGGAAGCUCUGGAGGGAAACUCUUUCUGAAAGAGGCUCAGAUUUCUAACAACCAUCUCUAAAAAUCUCUUCAAUGUAGGAUAUAUACAACCGCCACUUAAAUGGUAUUAGCAAAAUACUAAUUCUACUUAUGUCCUGUGUUUUCAUUCCAAAUGAGGUAUUUUUUAGUUAUAAAGUUUUCUUUCCUUUGCAUUUUCAAGAAGAAUGCUUAUUUUUUGUUCUGAGUAUUCGGUCUUAAAGAUACGUAGCAUCUCUAAACAUCUUAAAGCCCCCUUUCAAUAAUUAUAUCAGUAGUUCAAAGCCGGCAGAUUACUUUUUCUAUUCAGACAACCAUGUAUUAUGUAGUCCCAGGCCAGCCCUCAACAUGUCCAUCAGUUUCCCAUCUUUAUGAAUUACCUGAACCUCUCUGUGAUAUUCAGUGAUAGUCUAGCUAAGACUGACAAGUCUGGGCUUCUAACAUCAAAUCUGGAUUGGAGUGUUUAUUCAUAAGGCAAAGGGGCAAGUCUGAGAGGUUAGUUCACACUCUCAGUUACACAGAACUUUUCUUCUUCCUUAAGCUUUAAACAUAAAAUUAAUUUUGAAAAUACUGUAGAGAUAGUAUUCCAUUGCUUGCUGAAUCUUAUACCAUUAUAACUCUAUUUUUAUGUGCUGGUAUACAAUGAGAUAUAAAUAUGAGAAUUUCAGCAACUGUCUUGCAGGGUUAAGCUGUGCUUCUGACUGAUUUUGAAAAUUGUCCUUGUGUGGUAAAAUUCCUCCAAAGAAAAUUUCAUUGGCCCUGAAUGACAGCAUAAUAAUUUUUCUUUGAUAUCCAUGACUAACAACUCCCUGAAAACAGAAGUAGCCAUAUGUUAUGCCCAAUUUAGUACCUAAUAGUUGGGACUUUAAAAAACAAAACAAAAUUUUCUUGAGCAAGUUUUUGGGUGAUUAAAUAUGAAUUAAAACUUCCAGUGAAAGAUUUCCAGAUGCCCCUGCUUUCCAUUUUGAUUACGUUUUAGUUCCAUACUGACUUGGGAAAAAAAAAAAAAAAAAUUCACUUACUUUACCUUAUGUACUUUUACAGGCAACAACUUUGACAUUUUAAACUUAGUGACAUUUCCGAAGGUAGAACGCACAUUGUAAAUCAGGAUGAAGGGAGAUUUAAGCUGACAGCCUGAGAUUAAGUAAAAGCAAGCAGCUGAUAAUAGUCAUGUUUAUUGCAGCAAUAUCUUGAGAACUUAAGUUUAGUGGCAUUUGAGGUGUUUCAACCUAUCAGUACCUUGGCUUCUACACCUCACCCUGCUGUGCAGAAGGCAGAAUGGGGCUGAGUGAAGCAUCCACUCUAGUAACUGCGAAUUCAAAGUAGGUUUAUGGUUUGGCCAUAGAUAGACUUUGGCAAAAGCACUUGUAGAGCUUUCUGGUCAUUAUUUAUCCUUAAAGUCAAUUUCACCAAUCAAUAAAAAUGAAUUAUUUAUCCAGGAAUAGAUAAAGCUCUUUAAUACCCUCACGACAUUGACAUAGAAGGUCAGAUAUUCCUUGUUUGGGAUUCUGCAUUCCUUUUGUGCUUAACUGAAUCAAAAUUUUUUUUUCAUUGUGUUCUCAAUUUUUUCACGCAUGUAACACUGGGUUUGUUUUGAAAUUAUGCAGUAUUAUUUGAAACAAUAUUUAUUUCAACUCAUGUCACUGUAGUUUGUUAAUAAUUUGCUCAACUGAUAAUUAAACUAUGUAUGUUAAAGCAAUAAAACUGAAA